CGAGACGCAAACACGAGAGCGGGGGGGGAGGGGGCGGACAGUGUCGGGAGUGGGGGAGGCCUCAGCGGCGCGUGGGGCUGGGUCUCAUCCCAGCCAUGUGCACCCAGCGCGGCGCCGAGGGCCGGCUCCCCUCCCCGGGAGGACGGAGGAGGAGGAGGAGGAUGAAGGGAAGCAGAGGGCAGAGCAGCCGCGGAGGUGCCUGAAAGGAGGGGCCCUGCGCGGCAGCGGCGGCGCGGGCGCGGGCACGGAGCGGGCGGCGGGAAAUGGCUCUUGAAGUUAAAUGAGGCUGGAUAAAACGCAUAAAUGAAACAAAGACUGCUCUACAUGUGUUAGGGCUAAAAACACCAGAAGCAUUGCUAAUCAGCCAUUCCUGGUAACUUGUCAUAAUGAAGAAAAUUAGUCUCAAAACAAUUCGCAAGUCCUUUAACUUAAAUAAAAGCAAAGAUGAAAGUGACUUUGUAGUGGUUCAGCAGCCGUCAUUAAGUGAAUUUGGAAAAGAUGACUCCUUGUUUGGCAGCUGUUAUGGUAAAGAUUUGGCUAGCUGUGAAGUCAACAGUGAAGAUGAAAAAGGCAAAAAUAGAUCAAAAAGUGAAAGCUUAAUGGGUACGUUAAAAAGGAGGCUUUCAGCGAAACAAAAGCAGAAAGGCAAAGGUAGCACGCCAUCUGUAAGCUCUGCUGAUGACGACACCUUUUCUUCCUCAUCUGCUCCAAUAACCUUCAAAGAUGUGAGAGCUCAAAGACCUUUAAGAUCCACAUCCCUCCGUAACCACCAUUAUAGUCCAACUCCCUGGCCCCUACGGCCAACCAACUCGGAAGAAACUUGUAUCAAAAUGGAAGUGAAAGUUAAGGCCUUGGUCCACUCCUCUAAUCCAAGCCCAGCACUGAAUGGCGUUCGAAAGGACUUCCAUGACUUACAGUCAGAUAAUGUGUUCCAAGAACAAAAUAAUGGAUUAAAAAGUACAGAAUCUCAGAAUGGGGAUUUACAUCUUCACAUUGAUGAACAUGUGCCUGUAGUUAUUGGGCUAAUGCCUCAGGACUACAUUCAGUAUACUGUGCCUUUAGAUGAGGGAAUGUAUCCUUUGGAAGGAUCACGUAGUUACUGUCUGGAUAGUUCCUCACCCAUGGAAGUUUCUACUGUUUCUUCCCAAAUGGGCGGAAACGCUUUUCAUGAAGAGGAGAGUCAAGUGGAUCAAGAUGUGGUUGUUGCUCCAGAUAUUUUUGUGGACCAGGCAGUGAAUGGCUUGUUGAUUGGUACCACGGGAGUCAUGUUGCAAAGUCCAAGAGUUAACCACAAUGAUGUCCCUCCACUCUCACCUUUGCUACCUCCGAUGCAGAAUAAUCAAAUCCAAAGGAACUUCAGUGGCCUGACUGGCACAGAUGUCCACGUAGCUGAAAGUAUGCGCUGCCAUUUGAAUUUUGAUCCUAACUCUGCCCCUGGAGUUGGAAGAGUGUAUGACUCUGUACAAAAUAGUGGUCCUAUGGUUGUGACAAGUCUCACAGAAGAAUUGAAAAAACUUGCAAAACAAGGAUGGUACUGGGGCCCUAUCACACGUUGGGAGGCAGAGGGAAAAUUGGCAAAUGUGCCCGAUGGUUCAUUUCUGGUUCGAGAUAGUUCUGAUGACCGUUAUCUUUUAAGCCUGAGUUUCCGAUCCCAUGGUAAAACUCUUCAUACUAGAAUUGAACAUUCAAAUGGUAGGUUUAGCUUUUAUGAACAACCAGAUGUGGAGGGACAUACUUCUAUAGUUGAUCUAAUUGAACAUUCGAUCAGGGACUCUGAAAAUGGCGCAUUUUGCUAUUCAAGGUCUCGAUUGCCUGGAUCUGCAACUUACCCAGUGAGACUGACAAAUCCAGUAUCUCGAUUUAUGCAGGUUCGUUCCUUACAGUAUCUGUGUCGUUUUGUUAUACGUCAGUACACUCGAAUAGACCUGAUUCAGAAACUGCCUUUGCCAAACAAAAUGAAGGAUUAUUUACAGGAGAAGCACUACUGAAAGCUUAUGGGAUAUUUGCAUCUUGCACUUUGGGAACAACAACAAAAAAAUAAAUAAAAAAGAGAGAUUGAAAUACAGUUUACAAACUUUCAUAACUAUCAAAAUUUUUUGCUGCCAUAACAAUAUUUCAUUUUUGUGUGUAAAGAAUAGUAAUGCAUUUGUUUUGUUUUUUUUCUUGUUUUGUUUUCAGGUUUUUGGGGGGGACAGUUUUUGUUUUUUGUUUUUUUUUAAGAAUGGUCUCAAGGUUUUUAGAAGUGUGAAAUAACUAUCUUUCAUAAAUGUGCAGAUUAAUCACAAUGUGAAUGAUCAAAUUCUCCUUAUUUUUCCUCAAGUCCUUUGCUGCUAUCCACUGUGAUUUUUAUGCAUUGAAAGCACAUUUCAUGUGUAUUCAACCAUAAGUAAAAAAUCAAAUGAAACUUGUAGAAUGGAAUUUUUUUUUUUUUUUCCCCCUUGAAAUGGCCUAUUGUAUAAAGAUAAUUGUGGAAAAAACAUACUACUAUGCUAAAUUACAGAAUUUAGAUAUACAUUUAAAAUGAUUUCCUGGCAUCCUAACUAAAAAUUUCUGUAGAAGUACCCUAAUUUAGAAUUUAUUAAUUGAUAGAGCUGUUUGAUGGAACACAGAUACACAGCCUGUCUUUGGAAAAUCCCUUUUGCCUAAAUAACAUUAUAAUGUGUACACAUUUCUGGUUAUGAGGAGUUUUGUUUCAUUUUCUUAUAAUUUUUUCUUAUGCUUUUAAAAAUGGCCUUUUAAAAUAGUCUUUGACAAUAGCUACAUAAUACAAAUGUGGAAAUUGUAAUACUUGGAUAAACAUUGAACAUGAAUCACUGAUGGCAUAAUUAAAAUAAUUUAUAGAAAUGUUCCUAAUUAUAAGAGCUAUGAAGUCAUCUAUGACAUAGACAUAUGGUAAGACACCUAAAAUCCUCACCUUCUCGAAGAUAAUUUCUUCCUUACACCAUACUUCAAAAUGAUAGGUUUUUUUUAAACAUUUUUUCUUUUUUUGGAUUUCCACAUUUCAGAUUCACUUGUACAGUUAAUAUUAUUUUGGUUGUGUUUUUAUGGGAGAGGGGACUUAAAAUUUAUACCUAUCAUUCACCAUUUUUAAAAUCUUUCAAACUGAAGAAAAUGGGCUGUGUUUUAAUAUGCCAUCAUUAAGUGCUUCACUUACUAAAGUUUCAGAAGCUGUCAUGAAAAGUAUGUUUUGAUGUAUGGAAUUUUAAAUUUGUUGAGGAAAUAUUUCUAACUUCUGACGGGAUACUGGGAUUCAGAGCCUAUAGUUAAUCUGACCUUCUUAUAAAGACUUCUGUAUUCGAAGCAUGGAGUCUAGAUUGCAAAUUUCUCUUUGUGCAAUAUUUAUCCUUGGCAUUUUCUUGGUUUUUCUCUCUGGCUGUACUGCAUUUGUGAUUUCAUUGUUAAAGGUAGCAAUGGCUAUUUUUCUUAAAUGAAUCAAUACUAUAUUUUUAGCUUGUCACCUUCCCCAUCAGCAGUUGGUAUGAGUUGCUGUUUAAUAAAAAUCAACUUGGAAAAAGGUUGUUGCAGUUUUGAUGAUUUUUUUUGAUGAUUUCUUAUUGUAGCUAGCUUUUUUGUCCCCUAUAGUGAGUCCUUAGUAUUGAAUACAGUAUUGCUGCACAGUGCUGCAAUGGCACUAACUCUUGGGUUGCCUGAAUUGAUACACUAAAUUUAUAUAUUUUUUUCAUUUAUUUUUUAGACAGCAAAAAAGAAAAAUGAAAGGCAGGGGAAGCUUGUCUGUUGCUUGGAGGGAGGGAGGAUAAGGAUUUCUUCUUUUGUCCAAUAUUUUUUUUAACUUAACAAAAUAUUGCCAUAAAAAAUCCUGAACAAAGUAUAUAUGUUUAAUUUGUUUGCUCUGCCACCCGACUUUAUGCAAGCUUGAAUCCUGAUUAUUCCCUACUGAUUUUUUUUCCCCCCUGAAUCAGGACUACAAACCUUAUUAAAAAGGCACAAUAAUCUAUAGCAUGGUACAGUGUUCUGAUUUUACCCAUGGGGAGGAAAAAGGAAAUAAUUUUUUUUACGGAAUAUGAAAAACCUAUGUGUUAGGAUGACAUCUCCAACACUUUCGUCGCUUUAAAAAUUCUUUCCCCAUGCAAACUAGACAGACUACAUAAUAUAAAAUCACUGGAAUGCUUAGUACAUUAGGACAAGGGUUAAAUUUGCCCCAGCUUUUAACAAAUUAAAGAUGUAUUUACAGAAUGCUGUGUGCAGAAGUAUUUAAUGGACCUUGUGCAAGAAUUUUUAAAUAGUGAAAUUGAUAUUCAGAAUUCAUUACUAUUUUAAAAAAAUGUACAUGAACUUGUGUGCUAAAUUUCUUUCCCAUUUCUUCAUGUAUUUUGGUAUGUUUACAUAUAAAAGUUGAUUAUUUCAGAAAUAUUUAUUUGGCUUAUUUCACCCAAUGGUUUUUAAAUUAUCUUCCUUGCCUUGUUGUGUUCUUUAAUUCUGAACUUAAUAGAAGGUCCAGUUCUUUUUGCCACUCUGCUUUCCAUAUAGUAUUGACUAAAAGGAUCUUGUCAAGUAGUUUCCACCUAAAAGGUGACCUACGUAGCAUUUUUUUUUUGUAAAUCUGAAAAUGAUAUUUUUUGAAUCUGCUAUACAAUAAAGUCAAUUUUUUUUUUUAAAUAUCUGCUCUACUGAGAAUCACAGAAUACUUUUGUGUUGCUGAAGCAGCAGGAGAAGCACAAAAGAAAAAACCCUGUUUUGAAAAUGCAGGUGGAGAUGCUUAUAGUUGCCUAUUAUAGAUAUUACUGUGACAAUCACGGUAACAUUAUUUAGUUAUAAAACAAUUUUAAAAGUGCGUAGGAGCAACUGGAAAUAGGAAAUGUUGUGUUGGUUGUGUUUCAUAAAAAUGAAGGAACAAAAUCUGUUUGCCAAAUAGAAGAAAAUAAAAAUAAUGGAUAACUUUUCUUCCCUCUUAAUAGAAGAUCAAUAAUAAAGAAUAAAAACUACUUGACCAUGUCCUUUUAAAGUAAAUUGGUGCUUAUUUUACUCAGCACAACAGUCUGAGCAUUUAAGAGGUGUGCACUUUUCACAUAUAAAGUGUUGUAAAAUGUACUUGAAAACAGAAGUUUGAAAUAAGACUGAUUAUUGAUUUUGUGGUAUUAAUGGUAGAUGUUAUUGGUAACACUGGCUGCUUUGCCAUUUGGGAAAAUAAAAAUCUACCUUGUAUUUGAAUGUUGUACAUUAAAUUACCAAGGUUUUCUUUGAUUUGUAAAAGUGUUUCAGCCAAACAAAUUGAUUUAUAUUCUCUGAUCCAUUUGCACUUAACCUGCUAUUGACAUUAAUGAAAAUAAUCUUUUUUUUAUCAAGGUGAAUUUCCAUCAUCAGUAGGUUCUGUAAUACAAUUAUUAAUUUUAAAAGUUUUCAAAUAAGUGCAUUUCACAUUUUGUUAAAUACAUUUCUAAAUGAACUUUGACUGCUGAGCUAGGCAAAAUAUGUGCAGUUUUCUUACCAUGCGUUUCAUAUGAUAUGAAUACAGGAACUAUAAAUUAAACCAUAAUACCAGCAAUAUAUAGGUUAUAAUUCCAGUAAGGAAUAGUCCUCAUUUAUCUAACUUUUAAAUUCUAAGCUAAACUCUGGGUACAAUAGUGAUUGCCAGUUUUUUAAAAUACUUUUUAAAGUUCUGCAAACAGUAAAACUUAAAGCAUUCUUUGUUAAAACAUGAAAUAGUUGAUAGCUCGUAACAUGGCAAAUAUUAUGGAAUUUCCUGUAUCUUGAAAGUUUCCAAAUGCUACAUGCAGUUGAUGAAAAAAUAUUACUGAAUUUUGUACUGAGUAUAUGUUGGGUUAAAGAAUUUUUAUAGUGGUGAUGGAGUGCCAUGAAAUUAAUAUUUGCAAUCCAGAUUGCUGUAGUUUACACUUUUCUGUAUGUUUCAAACCAGGUGUGCACUAUUUGUGCAAAAGCACACCACAGAAUGAAUUAUCCAAAGUCCAUUGAUUUUAAUAUGUGUUUUGGUUUGUAAACAAAAUUAUAGUAAUUUCUUGCACAUUUUUGAAAAAUAAUUGUAUAAGGAUUUAUGUAUCUGCUUCUAGAUACAGUGUGUAAAUAAAAAUUUCAUUCACAAAAGAA